UUGUGUCAGCUUUGUUGGGAUGUGCCACGUACACAUUAGAUCGUCCAAUCUAACGAACAACGACCGUGACAGUUACGGUUCGGGUCAGUUUCCCGAAUCCGGUUCCUGUUUGUCUUACCACCUCGCAGACUUUCAUCAUCAAUGGCAAUGAUCAUGAAUCUCAUCAUUUUCAUUUCAUUUUCUUAGUGCCUAAAUUUUUUCUUCAAUUUACUGUCACUUUCCCUUACUCUAAAUCUUUCUUAAUACAAUUUUCUCAACCUUAUUAUCCAAUUUCUUUCAAUUGUAACUGAGCUGCUUUCAUUUUAACAAAAACCCAGCUCCGAUUUCUGCAUUCAUCGCCGACCGUGUUAUUCCAUUUUUGGAUUUUUUUUAAUGAUCAAAUGUCGUAUUGUGGGAAUUUUUUGAGGAUCCAUUGAGACAUUUUACCGAUCAAUUGGUGUGCAUUGGAAGUUAAACGAAGAGGGGGAACCGGAAGUUUUUUUUUUGUAUGCGAUUGAUAGAGAAACGGCGCCAUUAGAUGGCGCUGUUCAGACGAUUCUUCUAUCGGAAGCCGCCGGAUCGGCUUCUAGAGAUCUCUGAAAGGGUCUAUGUGUUUGAUUGUUGCUUCUCAACGGACGCAUUGGACGAAUAUGAGUACAAGACGUACAUGGGAGGUAUUGUAGCUCAGCUGCAGGAUCAUUAUCCAGAUGCUUCUUUCAUGGUUUUUAAUUUCAAAGAAGGAGAUCACAGGAGUCAAAUAUCAGAUAUAUUAACACAGUAUGAUAUGACUGUCAUGGAUUAUCCUCGGAAAUAUGAGGGGUGUCCUGUAUUGCCACUGGAGAUGAUCAAGCACUUCUUGCGAUCCAGUGAGAGUUGGCUUUCAAUCGAGGGCCAACAAAAUGUGCUAUUGAUGCACUGUGAGAGGGGUGGGUGGCCUGUACUUGCUUUCAUGCUUGCUGGUCUUCUUUUGUACAGAGAACAGUACACCGGCGAGCAGAAGACUCUUGACAUGGUAUACAGGCAAGCUCCUAGGGAACUUCUUUAUGUUUUAUCACCUCUGAAUCCACAGCCAUCUCAGCUUAGAUAUCUUCACUAUAUCACCAGAAGAAAUAUUGGCUUAGAUUGGCUGCCAUCAGAUAUACCUUUUGCUUUAGAUUGUAUUAUACUCAGGGUCCUUCCUCAAUUUGAUGGUGGGAGGGGCUGCCGACUGGUGGUUCGUGCCUAUGGUUUGGACCCUGCUUCACCGACAUCCAAUAGGAGUUCUAAACUCCUCUUUUCAACUUCAAACACAAAACAACAUGGUCGCCUCUACCGACAGGAAGAGUGUGCACUGGUGAAAAUAGAUAUCCAUUGUCGUGUUCAAGGAGAUGUUGUUCUUGAGUGCAUCCAUUUGGAAGAUGAUCUAGUUAGGGAAGUAAUGAUAUUCAGAGUUAUGUUUCACACGGCAUUUAUUCGCUCAAAUGUUUUGAUGUUAACUCGUGAUGAAGUUGAUGUCCCAUGGGAUGCAAAAGACCAAUUUUCUAGGGAGUUCAAAGCAGAGGUACUCUUUUCGGAUGCUGAUGCUCUUCCACAUAUUAUCACCUCUGAAGCACCAGAUGAAGAUGAUAAUGAGACUGAAGGUGCUUCACCGGACGAGUUCUUUGAGGUGGAAGAGAUAUUCACCAAUGCUGUUGAUGGACAGGAUGGAAGAGGGGAAUCUGAUGCCCAUUCAGUUCAGGACAGUAUGCAGGAUGAUGAAAACAUUGAAAUAUGGAAAGAAGAGUUGGAGCAUCAUGCCUUUCAAGACUGUGCAUUUGUUGAAGGUAAUCGCAAACUAGAAGGAAAUAUGGAUUCUACUCAGAAAGCAUCAAAAAAAAAUGAUUUAGGGGAUAAGGACAACUUGAUAAACUCCGAGGCUGUUAUUUCUGAUGUUUCUAGUCAUAAGGACUCAGAAGCAGAAACACCGGGGACAAGUGUCAUGUCAGAAGAAGGGGAGGAUAAGCAAUAUGUAGAAGGCACCUUUAGACAACAGAAGCAGGGUUCACAGUUGACUGUUGAUAUCAAUAACGGAAAGAAUGACAAGGCACCUUCAUCCCUAAAGAAACAACUAGCAUCCAACUCCAAACUUGCUGCAGAUGGGAUUGGACCUAAAAAUAAAUCUAAACAGAAAGAAUCUCUGGGAACUCUGUCGCGACUGGCAAAGCCAAAUGCAGUGUCUCGGUGGAUCCCUUCUAAUAAAGGUUCUUACACUAAUUCAAUGCAUGUGGCAUAUCCAGCAUCAAGGUAUAAGAGUGCUCCACCUGCGCUUGCUGUUACCAAGGAUUCUCAGUCUGGAUUAAAAUCAAAAUCGCCCUCUCCUCGAGCUUCCUCAGAAGCUAAAAUUCUAGCUGGGGCAGGUCAUAUUCCAAAGAAACGCUCUUCAUGUCCUGCAUCAUUAGACAUGUCAACAGUCAAGGAGGCACCUGUUGCAAUGACCUCUUCAUCAGAAUCAAUUGAGAGUCAGGCACUUGACCUUCAGGGAUCCCCUUCAAGUCCCCUACCUUCAUUUCCAUAUCCAAGUACUUUAUCACUUGAAUUGCCUCCUAUUCAGGAAGCAAGUACUAACAUGCCAGCUUCCGCAACGCCACCUGACUCUUCGCAGGAAGGCCAUAAUAUAACUGCUUCUUUGACCCACCACUUCUCCCCUCCUCCACCUCCACCCCCACCCCCACCUCCGCCUUCUCAAAUCCUAUCACUUAGUCAUAAUGUGAAAUCCUUAUCACCACCUCCACCUCCCCCUCCUCCUCCCCCUCCACCUCCACCUCCACCAUCAAACAGCUUGAGAAAGACUCAUAUAGGUAGCUCUCAUAGUCAAAAUGUCAAAUCUUUUUCACCACCACCCCCGCCUCCACCUCCGCCUUCCCCUCCAUUAUCAAAUGGCUUGAGAAUGGCUCAUAUGGGUAGCUCUCCUCCCCCACCUUUACCACCCACAUUUUCUACUGUACUGAGAGUUGAUAGGGUAUUGUCACCAACCCCCUCACCCACUUCUUUGCCAAGUGCGGCUUGUGCAACAUCCUCCUUGGUAGCAUUAACUCCGCCUCCACCUCCACCUCCACCUCCACAUGCACCCACUACACCAAAGCUAGAAAGGUUUGGGAUAUCCACUGUACCACCACCACCACCUCCUCCCCCUCCCCCUAUACCUGCAAUUUACAGUCCCCCUCCACCACCUCCGCCAUUUUCAAUUGUGCCUGGAGUUUCUUCUUUGCUAACAAUGAGUGCUCCAUCACCACCACCACUUCCUUCUUCACCUGAGCUUCCUUCUUUACUUGGUGCUUCAGCUUCACCUCCCCCACCACCUCCUAUGCAGGUUUAUCCUCCUUCACCACCUUCACAGAGUGAUUCACUUGUUCCAACCUCAACUCCUUCACUAAAUGCACCUUCCCCACCUUCGUCUCCACCAAGUUCACCUCUAUCUGCACCUUUACCUCCACCUCCACCUCCACCUCCACCUCCACCCCCACCUGUUUCAAGAAAUUCUCCGAUGUCAUUUCUGCCUCCACCUCCACCACCACCUCCCCCACCUCCACCUCCACCAAGAAAUGAUCCGACCCCAACUCAACCUCUAACUCCAACCCCACCCCCACCCCCACCUGUUUCAAGAAAUUCUCCGAUAUUAAUUCUGCCUCCACCUCCUCCACCCUUACCUCCUUCAAGAAAUGCUCCAGCACCAACUCCCCCUCCCCCACCCUUUUCGUACGAUACUCCACCUUCAAUUGCUUGUCCUCAUCCUCUUUCCACCCCAUCUUCUUUAUCUAGAGCACCACCACCACCGCCUCCUCCACCUCUUUUGCAUGUUGCACCUUUAUCAUCUCCUCCAUUGUUGGGAGCUCCACCGCCUUCUCCUCCUCCAUUACCAGGAGCUCCACCACCUCCUCCGGCUCCUCCUCCUCCACCUUGUGGCGGCCCUCCAGUUCCUCAACCCCCCUUCUAUGGCGGGCCACCAGCUCCUCCACCUCCCCCUUACGGCGGCCCACCAGCUCCUCCACCUCCCCCGGGUGGAGGCCCUCCAGCUCCUCCACCUCCCCCUGGUGGAGGGCCUCCACCACCUCCGCCUCCCCCUGGUGGUGGUCCUCCACCACCUCCUCCUCCUCCUGGCGGAGCACCCGCUCCUCCACCCCCUCCUGGAGGUGGAGGACUUGGUCCACCUCCUCCACCACCUCUAGGAGGUAGAGCACCAGGUCUACCUCCCCCCCCACCUCCUGGAGGCAGAGCACCGGGUCCACCUCCCCCCCCACCUCCCGGAGGCAGCGCACCUGGUCCACCUCCCCCACCUGGAGCUCCAAGAGCUCCAGGUGGUGGACCUCCCCCAGCACCACCAUUUGGCUCUAAACGACCUGGGGCAGCCAGUGGAGGACUUCCUGCUGGGAGAGCUCCAGCACUUUCACGGUCAAGAUCUAAUUUAAAACCAUUGCACUGGAGCAAGGUAACCAGGGCACUACAGGGAAGCCUAUGGGAGGAACUGCAGAGACAUGGAGGGCCUCAAGUUGCACCAGAGUUUGAUGUGUCAGAAAUUGAGAUUCUUUUCUCAGCCACUCCCAAGUCGAGUAGUGCGAGUAAAUCUGGAGCAAAGAAGAAGUCUGCUGAUUCAAAACCAGACAAGGUUCAUCUGGUUGAACUAAGAAGGGCAAACAAUACGGAGAUUAUGCUCACAAAGGUGAAAAUGCCACUUCCAGACAUGAUGGCAGCUGCACUGGCAAUGGAUGAGUCUAUUUUAGAUGCAGAUCAGGUGGAGAAUCUGAUAAAAUUUUGUCCUACGAAAGAUGAGAUGGAUCUUCUUAAGGGUUACACUGGUAACAAGGAGCUCCUGGGAAAGUGUGAACAGUUCUUUUUGGAGUUGAUGAAGGUGCCACGAGUAGAGUCGAAAUUAAGAGUGUUUCUUUUCAAGAUUCAGUUCAAGUCUCAGGUGACAGACUUCAAGAAAAGCUUAAACACUGUGAACUCAGCAUGCGAAGAGCAGGUCCGAAGCUCUUUAAAAUUGAAGGAGAUAUUGAAGAAAAUUUUGUUUCUAGGGAAUACAUUAAAUGAGGGAACUGCCAGAGGUUCUGCCAUUGGAUUUAAGUUGGACAGUCUUUUGAAGCUCACUGAUACACGUGCUACUAACAACAAGAUGACACUCAUGCAUUAUCUUUGUCAGGUUCUUGCUUCCAAGACACCAGCACUUUUAGACUUCCAUGAAGGUCUUGUAAGCAUGGAAGCUGCAUCAAAGAUUCAAUUGAAGUCUUUGGCAGAAGAAAUGCAGGCAAUCAUCAAGGGGCUGGAAAAAGUUAAGAAGGAACUAGAGUCAUCUGCGAAUGAUGGCCCCGUGUCUGAAAUCUUUUGCAAGACCUUAAAGGAAUUCAUUGGUGCAUCUGAAGCAGAGGUGGGCUCUCUCCGGGAGUUGUAUUCUGUGGCGGGCAGAAAUGCAGAUGCACUUGCACUAUAUUUUAAUGAGGAUCCUGCCAAAUGUCCAUUUGAACAAGUCACUGCAACCCUCUUAAAUUUUGUGAGGUUGUUCCGGAAAGCCCAUGAGGAGAACUUGAAGCAGGCUGAACAAGAUAAGAAGAAAGUUCAGAAGGAAGCCGAAAUGGAGAAUGCAGAAAGGAAGCAGCUUAAGAAAGAAGGUGAGAAGUAAAUGGGGAUAAUUCAUGCUUCAGGGAAUUUUUGGUGUCAUGUGGCCUCUGUCUGUUGGUUAACUGUGUUGACUAAGGACAUUGGUCUUAAGUCAAACCAGAAGCCUCCAAUAUUGAUCUAUUGGCGUUGGCUUUCUCUGAGCUCAAGAAAGAACGUCGAACAUUAGAGCUCGUGAACCUGGAAAUGGCAGAAGUGCUUUGCAGAGGGAAACUGAAAAGGACACAUUCUUGUCUGGGCUCUUGGAGUGCUAUGCAGAGAGAAGCUCAAGAAGACACGCUGUCGUCUGAGAUCUUGGAUGAUGUAAGCAACCCAUUGGUCCAGAAAUCGAUCGCCUGGAUUUUGUUAUUGACAGGUGAUCGUGUCUGCCGUCCAUCCUGGAGCGUGUGCUGCAUGAUUAAACAGAGAAAUGCAUCUAAAGAAUGCAAAUUUGGGUAUGCAUUUGUUGAACCUACACGGUGGAGUUGUUGUCGGUGCAAAUGUAGUCACUCAAGUGUCGGCGUGUUCGCCUUGAUGGAGAUUAUGCCAUGCAAACUGUAAAUUGGAAGUGUAACAUGAGUGGUUUGUACAAAGCUCUACUAACCCACCCCUGUAUUUAGAUUUCUAGUUGAUUCUUUUCAUUGUAACAUAGAAAUGGGUUCCUUAUCAUGGGAAUCCAACAG